UGAACCUCUUGAUGAAGCUCAUCGUGUUCCAUCAAGGCCUCAUGCAUAGCCUUGUCUGGUGCCUUUUCUCUGGGGGUCCCAUGGUUUUUGAACUUUGAAAUCAAACUGGCCACUUGAUUGCAGAGAGACUGACAUAGUUUUCUUUUUUGUAGUCUUUUUUUAGUUUCUCCUUCUUGGCGUCAAGUUCCUUGUUGUGACUCUCAGCACAUUGGAGCAAAGAUUAAGCCACCAACGUCCCACUCAUCACAACCAACACCGCCAUCAUGCCCACUGAGGAGAUACCGUCACAACAGACCCGCAAGAGGAAAAAGAACAAAAAAUCACGCUCCAAGGGGAAGAGCCCUGGUGGGAGUCCCAGUGCCUCCCUAGGAGGUACCUUAGAAGGACAGGAUGACCUCCUCCUACCCCCGGUCCUCCAGCCGCCUCCUAAAAAGCCAGCAGAGCAGAGGCCGAAAAUAUCAGUGGCCAAAGUGGAGGAGGAGUCAUCCGUAGCUAUCUGUCUACAGGUGCUUUUCUUCUACCUGCUGGCUGGGAUGGGCAUGGUGAUGGCCGGCAUGGUGCUGGACAAUGUACAGCACUGGGAGGUGUUUAAGGUGAUCACAGAAGUGUUCAUCCUGGUGCCUGCACUGGUCGGACUCAAAGGAAACUUGGAGAUGACCCUGGCUGCUCGCCUCUCCACUGCUGCCAACACAGGCCAAAUGGAUGACCCUGAUAAACAGUGGACUAUGGUGUGCAGCAAUCUGGCCCUCAUACAGGUUCAAGCCACAGUUGUGGGCUUCCUUGCAGCAGUGGCAGCGGUGUGUUUAGGGGCAGUUUCCAGAGGGGGGGUUGAACUGGACCAGGCAGCUGUUCUGUGUGCCAGCAGCAUCACCACGGCCUUUGUAGCUGCUCUCUCUUUAGGUCUGGUGAUGAUUGGAGUGAUUAUCGGGUCCAGGAAGGUGGGGAUCAACCCUGACAAUGUGGCCACCCCCAUCGCUGCCAGCCUGGGUGAUUUGAUCACCCUAUCCCUGCUGGCCGGGGUCAGCAGCACGCUGUACGAGUACAUAGAUAUAUGGUACCUGUCCCCCCUGGUGUGUCUGGUCUUCCUGGCUCUGAUCCCACUGUGGGUGGUGGUGGCCCGACAGAGCCCUCAGAUCAGGGAAGUUCUCCGCUCAGGAUGGCAGCCUGUUAUAGUAGCCAUGUCCAUUAGCAGUUUUGGAGGUCUUAUACUGGACAAGACAGUGAGUGAUCCCAACUUUCAGGGCAUGGCUGUCUUUACACCCGUCAUUAACGGAGUGGGUGGUAACUUGGUGGCCAUCCAGGCCAGCAGGAUCUCAACUUACCUGCACUUCUGGAGCAUCCCAGGGGUGCUGCCCUAUAAGAUGAGGCAGCACUGGCCUAAUCCCUGCAUCACUUUCUUUUCCUCAGGGGUGAAUUCCAAGUCAGCACGGGUGCUUCUGAUGCUGGUCAUCCCCGGUCAUCUGGUCUUCCUCUACGCCAUCUCUCUGCUGCAGGGGAAGGAGGCGCCUAUCACUGUAGCCUUCACCAUCUGCUACCUGUGUGCUGCUCUGCUACAGGUGGCCAUCCUCCUUUACGUGGCUGACCUCAUUGUCCGUGUGAUGUGGAGACGGAGUCUGGACCCUGACAACUUCUCCAUUCCCUACCUGACAGCCCUGGGGGAUCUGCUGGGCACUGGCUUUCUGGCCCUCUGCUUCCACUGUGUUGCACUGGUUGGAAGCCUGGGUCUCUGAGUUUUUCCCCUUCGCCUCUUAACUCUUAGACAGCCACUGUCUUGUUGCACCCAUUUUGUUUUAUUUACACAGAGAUGCUUUUGAUUGGACAAUAAGGCAAUUUCUGAUCUUUAUCACUGGGCAGUUCAUAUGGCACAGGUGAUAAAUUUACACCCAUACAUCUGACCUUACAGUAUUCAGACAUUUUGAGACAUGAUUUCUGGUCAUCAGUGCAUCUAUUUUGAACUUAAGUUUACAAUCAUUCCUUUUCAUCUCUGUCUGUCUUUUGGUUUAACUGCACUAACUAAAUUUGUGGUUGGAGAGUGUGCUCUCCCUGUCUCUCAUAUCAUCUCAUCUCUUUGGCUUCAUCAAAAGAAUAUGUAGCAAAUUGACAUCAUAGCAGCAAGACAGCGUAACAGCAUAUCAAUUGUGUAGUCCAGUAGAAAUUUUUGUUCCAACAGCCUUGACUGUGAAAAAUUGGUCUGUUUGUGGACUUUUAUUUGAACAGACUGUACUAUGCAUUAAUGCUGGAGGUUGUGGAGGUCGGUAUGUGGUAUGUGUUGGUAAGUGUCAUACACUAACUGGAAUCAUCAUUACUCAUCAUUGCUUAGAAUGAGUGGGACAAAUCAGGUUCAGUACCUGUAACACAGAGGAAUGUUUCGUCAUCACAUGAAAAACUUGUAUCUCAGUUAUUAUCCAUUUAAUGGACUUUAUGUAUUGUAACCCAAAGCUCCCCUUUUCAUGAGGUUUUCUGCAAAUUAAUUUUUAAGAGGUAACAGAGACAGAACAGGGGUAAUUGGUACAUUUUAAGGACACAGACAAAUGGCAUGGCUUCACAGUGGAAACAGUUUGAUUAGGAUAGGGAGACAAUAUCAGUAGGUGAGGUGGAGGUUUGUGUCAAUCAUGAGCAAUGGAAUCACCUCUGCUCUGACAGUUUCAUGACAUCAGUAAACAUCAGACAUGCAGAUAUCAGUGCAGACCGGAUCCACCUAAACACUGCUCAUUCAGUGGAUACGUGCAGAUCUGUUGAUAUGCAGCACCUAAAAACUAUCACAGGAGAUGGCAUUUUUAGCAGCUCUGUUCACUGGAUAUCCAUUUACCAGUGUUUCUGUGAAGUGAGAUGAAGAGUCAAAUAUAAUGGAUCAUAAAGACUUAAAGAGGGACGGCAUCCACUAGCAAGUUUCUGACGUUUCUAAAUGAUGUGUUUGUGUCCAGAAUCCCUACUUGUCACACGUCAUGGCACAUAGUGGGAUAAAAUCUAAAUUGUUAAGGUUUAAAGUAUGAUCUGGUGCUGACUUCCAUGUUCACAAAACAGCCACGGCACAAAAAUCCCUGCAACCCUCGACUUCUAUUCCUUCUCCUGCUCUUUCCUUCCUCUGCUGAGAAGUCAACAAAACACCAAACAGGCACAGGUGGGAGAUGAACCUUGUGCCCAGCGAAAACACCACAAAAUGAGCCCAGUGUCUCCAGUAUAUUCAAUAUGCAGAUGAUAUAUUGCUGUUUGUUGUACAUACAGUAGAUAUAUACAUGGUUAUUAAACUGACACUUGCGUUUAAAAUAGUGAUAGUUA